AAUCUGAAAAUCUCCAGCGUCGCCGCCGAAUUCUCCGCAGCUCCACCACCACCACCCGACCGAUGGCCCUCCCCUCACGCCUCCCCAUCCUCCUCAACGACCCUCCCGCCUAUAUGGGUUCCGUCCGCUUCCUCCGCCUCCGCCUCGCCCCCACUCUCCCCCCCACGCCAUCGCCGCCGCGCCCCGAUCGAGCCCCUGCUCCAAUCUGCUGCCGAUUUCGGCACAGGAAAGCACCGGCGGCGGCCGCGGCGGAGGAGCCAGCGAGCCGCCCGCCGCUAGGCGCGCUCUCUCUCGGCCUCUCCUUUUCCCUCCUCCCCGGAUUCCCCCCCUACGUCGAAUCUGAUUCUGACCCCGUUGAUCGGUCGCCCCCCUACCCCCUCCUGCUUGGCCCCCGCCGAAGCAAAUAUUGGAGCGGUUCGACGCAUCGCAUCGCAUCGCAGGGAAGGACCCGCCACUCCCGAUGGAUCAGCAGCAGCACCACCAGUGCGACGAGGAGAACCAGAGGGCUGCAUCCUCCCACUCUUCUGCACCCUCUUCCUCUUGGUCAGGGCACGGGGAGGAGAGCAGCACAGCGCCGCUUUUGUCCUACAAGAUGGUUGACGACAAGAUUGAGAGCGUCCAGGUAUCCGAGGACACGGCGCACCAGAUUAGCAUUGAUCCUUGGUAUCAAGUUGGAUUCAUUCUGACAACUGGGGUAAAUAGUGCAUAUGUUCUGGGAUACUCUGCAUCAAUCAUGGUCCCUUUAGGCUGGAUUGGUGGGACAUGUGGCUUGAUUCUAGCUGCGGCAAUAUCCAUGUAUGCAAAUGCUCUUCUUGCUCGCCUUCAUGAAGUUGGUGGCAAACGCCAUAUCAGAUACAGAGAUCUUGCUGGGCACAUAUAUGGUAAAAAAAUGUAUUCGCUUACAUGGGCUCUUCAGUAUGUUAAUCUGUUCAUGAUCAACACUGGCUUUAUCAUCUUAGCUGGUCAAGCCCUGAAGGCAAUAUAUGUACUAUUUAGGGAUGAUGGACUUCUAAAGCUCCCCUACUGCAUAGCAUUAUCUGGCUUUGUCUGUGCUCUUUUUGCCUUCGGAAUCCCAUAUCUCUCUGCUCUCAGGAUUUGGUUGGGACUGUCCACACUUUUCAGUCUCAUCUAUAUUGUGAUAGCAUUUGUGCUGUCGCUCAGAGAUGGGAUAACCACACCUGCAAAGGAUUAUACUAUUCCUGGAUCACAUUCAGAUAAAAUCUUCACUACAAUAGGUGCUGUAGCAAAUCUAGUGUUUGCUUACAACACUGGAAUGCUGCCAGAAAUUCAAGCAACCAUAAGGCCUCCUGUGGUCAAGAACAUGGAGAAGGCUCUGUGGUUCCAGUUCACUAUUGGUUCACUGCCUCUUUAUGCAGUGACCUUUAUGGGAUAUUGGGCUUACGGAUCCUCAACAUCAAGCUAUCUACUGAAUAGUGUCAAGGGACCAAUUUGGAUAAAAACCGUGGCAAAUUUAUCGGCGUUUCUUCAGACCGUCAUAGCAUUACAUAUAUUUGCAAGUCCGAUGUAUGAGUUUCUGGACACGAGAUUUGGCAGUGGACAUGGUGGCCCUUUUGCAAUCCACAACAUAAUGUUCAGAGUGGGCGUCAGAGGAGGUUACCUCACCAUCAACACCUUGGUGGCUGCGAUGCUCCCGUUCCUUGGUGACUUCAUGAGUCUGACAGGAGCUCUCAGCACCUUCCCGCUGACGUUCGUUCUUGCGAAUCACAUGUACCUGAUGGUGAAGCAGCACAAGCUGCCCACCUUGCAGAAAUGCUGGCACUGGCUGAACGUUGUUGGGUUCAGCUGCUUGUCCAUCGCAGCUGCGGUUGCUGCGCUGAGGCUAAUCACGGUCGACUCCAGUACAUACCAUUUGUUUGCUGAUCUGUGAGGUUGAAUUUCCUGUGCAAAUAUGCAGCCCCUUGAUCAACAGUAAAUUCCUCUUCUUUUUUGGUUAGGUGGUCCAGUUAGGUCGGUAGAGAUGGAGAUUACAAUAAAUAACUUGGGUUCAAAUGUCCAAAUUUGGUUAUUUGAGGUGCAAGAUGCCUUGCCCCCAGAACGUACCGCUAUGGUUUCACUUUUUAAGAACUGUAACGGUACUGCUACGUCUUUUUGCAUAGAAUAGUAUAUUGUCUCUUUGUUGCAAUGAAAUUUUAUUAAAAAAAUAUUACUACCUUCAUCUUCU